AUGGAUAUUGCCAAAUUACUGGAUCCGGUCUCUGAUCGCUCAGAAGGCCAGACAGUGUUAAGUCGACACAACGAUGAUCCGCCUCCUACCCAUAUAGAUUCGCCGGGCCUUUCGCGAGCCUGUCAGAGUCCGAUUCAAAUUCCGCCCCUGCAACCUGUCGAGUUUAUGAAUAUUUCUGGAUCCCCACCACCCGAAAUUCGGAGUCAAUAUUCCAGCUUAGAGGGUCAGGAAGCUUUAAGUCAACAGGAACGUGAUCUGGCUCCUACCUCUACAGAUUCACCGUUCCCUCCUCGAGCCUCUAGAUCCCAAAGCCCAAACCCGCCGUCUCCUGUCCCCAUUAAGAAGAGACUUCUCUACGCGAAGGAAAUGACUGCUAAAAGUACUUGA